AUGGAACGCUUACCAAGCACAGAGAGCUCCUCCAACCGGCCAAAGCUACCCAAGGACUUCCCUGCCCUCGCCGAGCCAGGCCAAAGCAGGGUGCAAUUGCUACGGCAGCGCUUCGAGCAACAGGCAGCAGCAGCCCAGCAGGACUCUUCGGCCGCACGCCCACGGUCCGGCGGCUGGCCGGAUGACUUCAAGCGCGUGGACGUGCGCUCCCUGCGUCAGCGCCUCUUCGCCGAGCCAGACUUCGAAGACUCUCGAGGUCGGCGUCCCACCGCACCACACCAACAGGCGGUCGUCUAUCCCCUCGAAGAAGAGCAGCCACAGCGACAGAUGGCCACCUGGGAGGAGCGUCCACCAGAACCGCCCCCGAGGGAGGAGCCAGAGGAGGUGCUCGAGGCAGAUGAGGAGAAGCGCCAUCCGCCAGCACCGCCCCCGCGAGAGGAAGACGACACGGAGGAAGCAGCACAGCACGUGUCCGACGCCGAGCUGUCGUCGCUCGCGCAGACCCUCAAGGCGCUGGGCUUGGGCUCAGGCUCGCCACCAGCCGCCCAUCGGCAGCCCACGCCAGGCCGCGCACAUUGA